AAAAUCUGGCUCGGUGAACAAGGUCAGUGUCGUGUCACCCAUCCCUUUUCUUCCGCACUCACCCGUCCAUCUCUUCCUCUCAUACAACCAUCAUCUGGCCCAUCAUGGCCACCCUGCGUAUCGCGACUCGUCUCAGGCAGUCUGCAGCUCGUUCCGUAUAUCAGUCCCUUUCAGUCCGCGGACUCGCGACUGCAAAGCCUCCGGCAAAUCUUUUCGAGUCACUCGACACUUUUGCUGAUAGGCAUGUUGGACCAGACGAUAAUGAGACCGAGUUUAUGCUCUCAAAGCUCGGCUUUGACUCUAUGGAGUCUUUUCUAGAUGCGACUGUACCCCAGAGCAUUCGCAUUGCUAGCUCCACCAUCAGCAAUGCCUCCAUCCCAGCACUGAGCGAGACAGAGCUUUAUGCAAAUGCGAAAAGGCUAGGUUGCAAGAAUGAGCAGUUCAAGAGCUUCAUUGGCAUGGGAUACCACAACGCCGUCGUGCCCCCUGUGAUUUUGCGGAAUGUAUUCGAGAACCCUGCAUGGUACACCCCUUACACCCCGUACCAGCCUGAGAUCUCACAGGGCCGUCUCGAGUCAUUGGUGAAUUUCCAAACGAUGAUCAUGUCGCUCACAUCGAUGCAUGUCUCAAACGCAUCCCUCCUCGAUGAAGCAACUGCUGCCGCAGAAGCCAUGGUCAUGGCAUACGUGCAGUCUAGCCAGAAGAAGAAGACGUUCUUCGUCGACAAGGCGGUCCUUCCCCAGACCAUCUCUGUUCUCAAGACACGUGCCAAGGGUUUUGGCAUAAAUCUUGUCGUCGGUGACGCAGCUGACGCACUCAAACACGACGCGUUACGCGCUGAUCUCGCCGGUGUCCUUGUCCAAUACCCUGACGUGAAUGGUCUCGUCACCGACUACAGUGAUUUCACGAAGCAGGUGCAUGAAGCAGGCGCACUUGUUAUUGUCGCGACAGACCUUCUUGCGUUGACAGUUCUUCAACCCCCCGGUGAAUGGGGUGCUGAUAUUGUUCUCGGAAACUCGGCGCGAUUUGGGGUUCCUGCUGGUUAUGGAGGUCCUCAUGGUGCUUUCUUUGCCGUCACAGAGAAGCUUAAGCGGAAAAUGCCUGGUCGUUUGAUUGGCCGGAGCAAAGAUACCAUGGGUAACCCCGCAUAUAGGCUGGCAUUGCAGACUCGAGAGCAGCACAUUCGCCGUGAAAAGGCCACUAGCAACAUUUGCACCUCGCAAGCCCUUCUCGCCAACAUGGCCGCUAUGUACGCGAUAUACCAUGGCCCCGUAGGACUCGAGCGCAUCGCAAAGAAGGUGCAUUCCCUCACCCAGAUCCUCAAGUUUGCUGUCGAGCGCCUCGGAUUCCGCGUAAUCAACGCGUCCUCCUACUUCGACACGCUCACCAUCGAUGUCUCAAAGCACUGCGCGAAUGCUGAAGUCAUGCAUGCCGCUGCUGCGUUACAGGGCCUUAACCUCCGAAGAGUGGACAAGAAUACCGUUGGUGUUACUCUCGACGAGUCAGUAGGCCAAGAGGACCUCCUAUCCCUCAUACACGCCUUCCACAUCGCAGCGUCGCAAUCAGAACCCAAUCUCGCCGACCUGCCCGCUCCGAGGGAACCCGCAUUUCCUCGUCAGCUGGUGCGCGAGUCUAAGUUCCUCUCGCACCCUGUUUUCAACAAACACCACAGCGAGACUGAGAUGCUCCGGUACAUAUUCCACCUUGCGAGCAAGGACCUCGGUCUUGUGCAUGCAAUGAUCCCUCUUGGCAGCUGCACAAUGAAGCUUAACAGCACGAGCAGCAUGAUCCCACUUACAUGGCCCGAGUUUGGUGGUAUCCAUCCGUUUGCGCCACAUGAACAGGUUGAAGGAUACAGGAAGAUAAUCAAGGAACUGGAAGACGACCUUUGCAAGAUCACUGGUUUCAAAGCUUGCUCUGUGCAACCGAACUCGGGUGCUGCGGGUGAAUACGCUGGGUUGACUGUCAUCCGGGCAUACCAUGAAUCCCGCGGGGAGGGACACCGUGACGUGUGCCUAAUACCCCUUAGUGCUCACGGGACGAAUCCUGCGUCGGCUGUGAUGGCGGGCUUGAAAGUUGUUCCGAUCAAGACACACGGGGAUGGGAAUCUAGACCUGGAAGACUUGAAGGCAAAGGCCGAGAAACACAAAGAUAACCUCGCGGUCUUCAUGAUUACAUACCCCUCGACGUUCGGUGUUUUUGAAGAUGGCGUUACCGAGGCCUGCAAGAUCAUUCAUGACUGUGGUGGACAAGUCUACUUAGACGGUGCAAAUCUCAACGCACAGGUUGGACUGACGAACCCUGCGGUUUGCGGAGGCGAUGUUUGCCAUCUCAACCUGCACAAGACCUUUGCUAUUCCUCACGGAGGUGGAGGACCUGGUGUUGGGCCCAUCUGCGUUGCCGAACACCUCGCACCCUUCCUUCCCUCGCAUCCCCUGGUCAAAACUGGUGGUAAUGCCGCCAUUGAUGCCAUCUCAGCUGCCCCCUUCGGCAGUGCCUCCAUCCUCCUCAUUUCAUGGGCUUACAUCAAGAUGCUCGGCGGUAACGGCCUUUCGGAGUCCACCAACAUCGCGCUCCUCAAUGCCAACUACAUGGCCCAUCGACUUGCAGGAUACUACAGCCUUCGAUUCAAGAAUAAGAAUGGCCGAGUUGCUCACGAGCUACUCAUCGACCUUGCUGAGUUUGAUAAGGCUGCAGGGUUGAAGGUGACGGAUUUCGCGAAACGGUUGCAGGACUACGGCUUCCACCCUCCUACGUGCUCAUGGCCUAUCUCCACUUGUAUGCUGAUCGAGCCUACCGAGUCCGAAACGCUCGAAGAGAUCGAUAGAUUCUGUGAUGCUAUGAUUCAGAUCCGAAAGGAAGCGGAAGAUAUCAUCGCUGGCAAACAGCCCAAGGACAACAAUCUGCUCAAGAACGCACCACAUCCGCUUUCUCUCAUGGUCUCGUCCGACAAGGAAUGGAACCGUCCUUAUACGCGCGAAGAGGCUGCAUAUCCUAUGCCAUGGCUCCGCGAGAAAAAGUUCUGGCCGACUGUUUCUCGUAUAGACGAUGCCUACGGCGACCUUAAUCUUAUUUGUGACUGUCCAACAGUUGAGGAACUCGCAUCCUCGUAAACUAAUCAUAUCAUAUUACGACCAAGUACUCUAGAUUUUUUUUCCUCUUGACUGUUUUUCUACUCCACUAGAACGCACACACUUGUCACGCGUAAUGCUCAACCACACGCUUUGUACACUUAUACCAUUAUUAUUGUAUUUACCAUCACGAAUAGAUUUACG